CACCAGGUAGUGUCCUAUUCCGAUAGAGAAGUCAGCCAGAAUCAACACCCAAUUUACGUCUCCGGGCCACACAGACCCAACAUCAGAGCUGAAGAUGAACAAAAGUCCCCGAGGACGAUAUGUGGAUUAAAGCCGAUGGUCUUUUGGACACUCUUUGGUAUCACCCUGUUGAUAAUCAUUGGAGCCGCGGUUGGUGGAGGAGUAGGGGGAACACUCGCGAAUCGGCAUACUACUGAGUCUUCAACGAUAUCAAGCUCUUCUUCUGCAUCUUCCCAUACCUCUUCAGUAUCGACUACGACAACUCAUACUACAUCUACUACUAGUUCUGCCCCUGUCACAUCGGGUACGACUGGAAUAGCCUCAAGUCCUUGCCCGGGGGAAAACUUGACUACAGUUACCGGAUCUGAUGGCUCUAUAUUUACCCUUCUAUGCGCCGUAGAUUGGCCUGGGGGCGAGCGGGCUUCAUCUGGGAUCGGGAAUGUUGAAGAUCUUACUCGUAUCACUCGCUAUACACUCCAAUCUUGUAUUUCAGAUUUUGUCGCUUGGAACAAAGACAGCUCAAACGAUAAUUCCAAAUGCGAAGUUGUUAUCUAUGAAGCCAAUCUGACAGAGGCAUAUGGUGGCGGACAGGAUGGGAGGAUAGACUCGGUUGCAAUAGACGCG